UUUCUCAGAAUUUCAAUGAUUAUUGUCGUUGCAGAAAACGAUCUUCUGAAAAGCAUUGAAACUAGAGCUGGCUACCUCGAAAGAUUUCUGUAUGGUACAAACUUCAGUGUGGAAGAGUCGUUCAAGAAGAUCAAAGCAUUCCAGGAACUCCAGAUGGAGCAUCCCGAAUGGUGCACCAGAGAAGCGCCGAUAGAGAAAAAAUCGAUUAUAGAAAUGGAUAUCAGAAUGUUAUUGGACGACUAUGAUAAAGACGGUAGACCGAUCUACCUGGUAAAAAUGGGAAAUCUGGAUGUCAGCAAAAUGUCCAUGUACGACGUUGUGGCCAUAGACGACAUUUGGCUUGAAUCCAUCCUCAGUAAAAACCCGCGGAUUACGAAAAACGGAUUGUGCGUCCUACUAGACAUGGAAAAGUGCAGUUGGAAAUUGAUGAAAUGGCUGAGCCCAGAAAACAUCAAAAUAGGAGUGAGAAGAACAGAAGCUCUACCUUUCAGCGAGCUGAAGGUGCAUCUCGUCAACAAUUCCUUUUUUGUAAACACCAUCGUUAGAAUGGUGUGGCCUUUUUUGUCCGAGAGAAUCAAAAACAUGGUCAUAUUCCACCCCAACGAUUGGAAUUCCCUUUACAAGUACAUCGACCAAGAAGUGCUACCGACGGAAUACGGGGGUGCCAAAAAUAUCAACUACACCGAGUUGUAUAAAAAACUCUUUCAGAGGAACGAUGAAAUUUUCCGUAGUUUCCAGUCGUACAGGAAGACUGAAACGUUGUAGUAGAUGAGAAGUAUUUAAGGCAAAUAUAUUGUUGAUAUUUUGUUAUAUAGAGUCUUCUUUAAACUGUAGUAUAGUCUAUCCAUUCCCAAUUGGAACGGCAAUAAAAAUAAGAGUACAGUCAUAAA